AUGUCCAGCCCCAUCACUGAUCCUGUGUACAGUUCAUCCAGGUCUGCUGGGGAUGGAGAGAGGACGCUGCACUCGGUGACGGAUGGUGUGCUGGCUGGCAGCACGGAGAGCUCUGCUUCCUAUGCUGAAACUGACAGCUCUCCGGUGCCAGCUCAGCCGGUGUCAGUGGAGCAGAGUGGGACAACCAAUGCCUCCACCGGCAGCAGGGGCUUCGCAACAGAGACACUCUUCACGCGUUCUUCCAAGAUACCCCCUUACUCUUCUGUCCAAAACGAUCUCACAAUAAGAGUAUUUAUCGGCCAGGUUCCCCUGAAACUUAAUAUUACCCAUGGGAAGUAUGCAGAGCUCCUCCACGUCGAGGGUGAGAUCCUGGCAAUGCUUGAUGCGUCACUGUCCGGCUUACCAGGGUACCACCACUCCACAGUUAAGGCAACUAGGGAGACAAAUUUUGUGCAUGUUUCAGUGCAAUCCACGUUCUCUUUAGCAUCCAACGUGACUCUUUACGAUGUCGUCAGCAGUGUGAAAAGCUACAUUCGAGCUUGCAAAUCCUCUACCGAAGUCUGCCAGUUCAUCUCCAGCCUGAAACCACUCCACAGAGUUGGCAGCUUGUGCAAGCAGAAAGACCCUGAAUGUGACAAGGAAACUUCUGAAUGCACCGACUUUGAUGGAAUCGCGCUCUGCCAGUGCAAAAGUGGGUACUUCAAAUACAACAAGAUGGACCACUCCUGCAGAGCCUGUGAAGAUGGAUAUAAGCUGGAAAAUGAGACCUGUGUGAGCUGCCCAUUUGGCUUAGGUGGAUUCAACUGUGGAAACCCAUAUCAGCUCAUCACCGUGGUGAUCGCAGCUGCAGGAGGGGGACUUCUGCUUAUCAUGGGCAUAGCACUGAUUGUCACCUGCUGCCGGAAGAAUAAAAAUGACAUAAGUAAACUCAUUUUCAAGAGUGGGGAUUUCCAGAUGUCACCGUAUGCUGAAUAUCCGAAGAAUCCCCGGGCACAGGAGUGGGGCAGAGAGACCAUCGAGAUGCAGGAGAAUGGGAGCACCAAGAACCUGUUGCAGAUGACAGAUGUAUAUUAUUCGCCAACUGGACUGAGAAAUCCUGAACUGGAAAGAAACGGACUUUAUCCUCCCUUCACUGGUUUGCCUGGAUCUCGACAUUCAUGCAUCUACCCUGGUCAAUACAAUCCAUCCUUCAUUAGUGAUGAAACCAGAAGAAGAGACUAUUUUUAG